AACAAAAACACCCAAAAUAAUUCAUGGUAACACGAGAAACGGAGAGUGAGAGACUCCAAUAAGCGUUCUUUGUUCACAAAAACGUACCCCUCUUGUUGUUCUUUCUUUACAAUGGAUCAAUACACCGAUGAGCACACAACGUUUGAAUACAGCUAUAGCAUGCGGGGUGGUGGAAGCAUCAACCAUCCCAGUGUGGACCGAUUUUCAGACUAUUCGGUAAUGUCUGAAAAAGGCCACCAUCACAGCAACUAUUCACUGCACAAUAUAGUAGAGAAGUCAAAACGAUCAAAAAACGCGAAACACGUAACACAGCAGAGACAGCGAGCGUCGUCACAACCUACAACAAACAUAUUGCUUGGUAUUGGAUCAUCGUCUUCUUCUGCUGCUCUCCUUAGUCGAUCAUUCGUAUCUGAGCCAACAAUGCGUUUGCGCCCAGCAACCACCGGAAAUAGCAGCUAUCUAUCAUCAUCAAUAAAAACGUCAUCCUUGCAUAACAGUAGCAGCACCAGCAGCGCUAGCAGAUCAUCCGUAGAUCAAGUGCUUUCAGAUAGGCCUUCAGAAACACGAUUACGGAUUGAGCGCUCAAUAUCUAACAUUCGCGAACAACAAGCCAGAUCUGCAUCACGCGUAUCAUCAUCAUCGUCACCCAAUAUAAAGAGUGAUUUGGGAUACCAGGGGCGUACCAGUAUGACCAACGACCGUCAUCAUCGACAGCAAAGAACGACAGCAACAAGUAAUGAUGCUGUAGGAACGCUUGAUCCGCGCGAACUGGCUGUUAAAGAUCAUGCGUGGGAGACUGACUUUCAACAAAGGACGAUGGAUGCUAUUGAUGAACGAUAUAAGCAAGUGACAUCAUCUCUAGAGGCGCGUAUCAAGAUAUUAGAGGAGGAGAUGAAAAGGGCAAAUGAAGACAUGGAAGUAUCGCGAGAAUACGUGAGUCAAAUACAAGGACAGAUCUCUUGCGACGCACCAGUCGAUUGUGGCGUACAGACGAGCAUUCAAGGUGUCCGUGAAAUAAGCGAUUCAGAAUCCAAAAAGAAAAAGAUAACUGCUUUUGAGGAGCUAUUAAGGGAGCUUGGAUUCGACAACAUGCAUGACUUUGAUAAAGCCGUGCAUGAUUGGCGGACAAAAGCAAAGUCAUUUGAUCAGGUACAAAGCUUUGUGGAUCGUGUCGAUGAUGUGAUCUGGGAAACGCCCUUCAUAUCAUUGCUAAGUGUAUGCCAGCAACACAAAAACCUGAUAUCGUUGAUCCGUAACUCGGCUGAGGAUAUUUGCGAAACACAUCGUACACAAUAUGAGAAGGCAUUGUUGGAGGCUGAACGGGAUAAAACACGGGCGCAUAGCAGUAUGCCUUAUUCAUCCGAACAUUUGGACGUCACCUUUGAAAGAUUGGUGCGCUGGGCGCAUAUGGUGCGUCAUGUAACCUCAUAAAAACAACCCAAAUUUUAUUGUAAAUAUGUUGUAGACCCACCCAUCAUCCGUUGUUCCCUCCUCCGCCCCCAAUCUCGGGUUUCCUAUAUCAAUCCAAAACAGCGAUAAAUAAAAAAUCAUUUGGCGCAACAAGGACGAGAAUGAAUCGCAAAUGUUUAUCAGCGUGUGACAAUAUGAGAAAAACAGGCUGGUUAUAUCCCGUGAAAUUACGAAAAGGUUAUUUCUGGUUAAUGCUUAAAAUCUCUG